GCCGCACAGAACAAACAAGCAAGCAAGCAAGCAAGCAAGCAAAGAUGAGUGCUGGUGGUGGUGUGGUGACGUUGGGUGCAGUGAGGGAUCGCCUCGCAAAGGCGUACCAGCGAUGCUUGAUGGUGCGGGCUACAGAUGCGUCGCUGGUCACCAACGAAAGAGAGUUCAAGCGUCAAAUCCAGGACCACGAAGCAGCACAUGCUCAGGACCGCGUGUCGGAGCUAAUCCACGCUGCUCUUGCGCAUGCCAUUAAGGCCCAGAAUGACCCGACGACGGUCUGCGUCACGCUGCUUCUGCUCGCCAAGCAGUCUCCAACCAUCUUCAGCAAUACAAAAGUGUUGUCCGUGCUGAUGGCCAUGUUUCGAGCACACAUGCAGUGGCCCAGCGCCGAUCGUGCAACCAUGGUGCGUGCUGUUGCUGGUCGGCUGCUCCUGGUGGGACUCAGUGGCGCGAAGACGUGGCCCCUCGACCUCGUCGCACUGUAUGUGGAGGACGCGCUGUCCAGACGGGAGUGGAUCGAGAAUCCGCUCAUCACAGCAUUUAUUCGACAGAUCGAGACGGCAUUCAAGGUGUCGCCGCUGCCGGAAACCCCGCUGCAGCAACCCCGCUUCGUUGGACUUGAGAAGCAAGUGUCGCAGCUGUGCGUUGAGGCUGUGAACCACCUGAAACCGGCUGCCGUCAAGCCAUCAUCUCUUGCAGCCGCCAUGAAAGUGCUGGCCAACGUGCCCGGUGUUGCUGCUGCUGCUGCGAAGCAAUUCCAGGCGUGGCUUGGUUCAAACGCCGGCACGAGCAACCAGUUACGCGAUCUCAUAUCGGUGAUGAAGACUAUUGUGUCCUCCAACGACAAGUCCGUCCUGCGCCCGAUCUUGAUGCUCAAACUGCCAAACACACCCGUCGUCAGCGCCGCAACACACAACCUUGUCGACGUGUUUGUGAGCGCGCUGCUGGCUGAAACGAACCGCAAUGUGGCGAAGCUGACGCAACGGGCGCAAACGGCGCUUGCACGCGAGUUUGAUGGGAAGGGAACGCUUCAGGACAACGCAGCCAUCAAGAUUGGGUUUGAGAAGGCCAACGCGUCCCUCAUGCAGCAGGCUGCAGACAUGAUGCACAAGACUCUCAUCUCUGCACCAGAUCCUCGCAACAAACUCCGUGCCUUCGUGCGCAGGCUAUCGUUGAUUGAAGGCUUCAGUGCGCCGGCGCUGUGCGAACACUUGCUCAAGGCGUCCAGGGCGUGCAAUUUGGGCUCCAUGCCACACAAACAACUGGUGUCAUACGUGACGCACGUGCUCGAAGUGUACGCACAGGUGCUGGCCUGCGCCGUACCGACCCAUGCAAUGGCAACGGCCGUUCUUGCGUUUUCACGCGCAUGCGAUCAGCCUUUCAUGGCAACAGCGCCCGAUGAUAACGACGACGACCACGACCACAACCACAACGCGCGUCAGGCUUCCUCCGAUCGCAUGAUCACUGACGAGGACAGCAGCAGCGCACCGGCGCCGUCCGCCCGCGCAUCGGCCACACUUGAUGGUGCAGCGCGCGCUGUCAAGCGUCGCGUCGCCGCCGCGCAGGAGGCAGGGUUGCUGUGGCUCGUACACAUGCUCGACACGCAUCUGCGGGAGACGCCAACGGGCUACAUUGCGUAUCAGCUGCGCCGCCUGUUCUUUCUCACGGACGCCAAGUCGUUUCUCGGGCGCAACGUGGCCGAUGCAUCGCCGCAGGAGUUUGCCGGGUACGAGCUCGCUGCUCGCCACCAUCCCCUGCCAGCACACGUCGUCCCCACCAUCGUCGCACUCGCAACCAAACGGCCAGACCUCCCCGGCAGCGAUGCGCUCGACAUUCUGUACCGCAUUGUCGGGAGCACCACAACAUUCCACGUGCACUUUGGGCUUCCGGUCGACGUUCCCGAUGCGGAAAGUCUCAUCCACGCCAUUCUUCGUCUCUCCGUGUACACGCUCCGCUUCAACGUGUCUCUCCCGCCCAACUUUGCACCGCCACCGCUCGUGGUCGCAACGGCGUACCAGCAGGCACUGGUCGUCAUCCUCUGCCUGUGCGCCCUCAACGCCAAAGUGCUUGACGCCGCGUGGUCCACAGUCCCUGCCCUUCGAACCAUCAUCAGCACCACCAUCACUCGAAACUUCAAGCACUUGCAACCAAGCCAACUCAGCGAUUCGGAGACAGACUGGAUCCUGGCGUACGAGCAGUUCCUGGCGAUGACGUUCAAGGAGGCGACGCCAACGCGCGCGUCAAGCAAACUCCUUGGAAAAGUGGACUUGGUGGAGCCAGAUGUGAUUGGGAACAAGCGGCUGCCGAGCGCCAUCACGCUGCAGGCCGUUCGUGAGCUCGACCACCACGUCAACAUGCAAGCUGUGCUGCUGGACUGCAGAGAACCAGACAUGCUGCAACGCGUGCUCGCACGCACAGCCACCUCCUCAGUGCCAUCAGCACCUGGCGGUGCACAGGCAGCGGGGUCGCUCCAAGGCGAAGGCACGACCCAGGAGCACGACCUUGGCUGGCUGAGCGCCAUGCUUGCAACGCGUCGCGACUUGAUUGAGCGCAUCCCUGGCAACAUCCUGGGCAAACUUCUUCUGAGCAGCAGCAGCAGCGUCCACGCCACCGCCGUCAUGUCCAAGUUCACGCAGUCGCUGGCAACAACACCAGAGCACGACCUGCACCGCCUCACCCUUGAUCUCGUGCCGCGCCUGCACAGCCGCUCGCCCCAGGCACGCGCCGCAACACGAUUUGUGCUUGCAAGUAUUGCCGUCCGCGUUUCGGACCGCCUGAGAGGCGUGGAGGCUGAUGCCGCGGCAACGCCCGCGAAGGUGGCGGACGUGGUGCUGGCGAUCAUGCAGUGGUGCCGUCGCCACGAUGGCGGCAAUGAGACACCACAAGAAGCAGCAACGGCGGCGGCGGAAACAGCUGUUGGGGAGGCGACGAAGAACACGAGCGAGGCGGUGCUGUGGCAGUCGUUUGUAACGGCCGCACUGCACGAAGAAGAACCCGAUCUGGCGGCGGCCUACCUCGUGGGCUUGCUGCUUUACGGCUGUGACACCGAUUGUGGCGCUGAAGACAACGAGGAUGUGCAUGCGAUCAAGGACCAGACUGGAAGCGAGCACAACGUGAACGCAUUGCUGCUUCAACUGUCGUUGAUUGCACACGCCCGCCCGCGCGUCCUUGAAUGCGUGCUGCUCCACACCCGCGGUGCAACAGCGCUCUCCUCCUCUGUGGUGAUGCCGGCGCUGGAGCGCUGCCUGGCCGCAGCUGGCAGCGGCAAUGGUGGCGAUAAUCAUGGUGGUGGUGGUGGUGGUGGUGGUGGUGAUGAUGAUGAUGAUGACGGAUUGGCGCCAGACGCAAAGCGAGGAAAAGGGACAGACGCAGCAAAAGCAGCUGCAACACAGGGUUGUGUGCCGGAUGAACGCAUGGUUGCCAGCAUGUGCAUCGCAAUCACAGCGGCAGCGGCGGGUGGUGCGGGUGCGGCAUGGUACGAGGGAGCAAGGUCAUUCGUGGACAAUCUGUGCUCUCUUGUGCUGGAGCACAUGGGCGGAAGCGUGCUUGCUGCCGUACAGCGCGUGCGUCCGUGUGAAGUGCACGCGGCUGCACUGAUUCGCCUGCGCAUCUUGCCUGCGGUGGUUUCCACCACGCAUCUACACUUGUGGCUGCAGUCACCGGAUACCGAGGUGGUGACCGCCGUGCUUGCAGACACGCCCUCGCGCGUGCUCCUGCGUGUGCUCACGAGCGCACUCACAGUGUCAGAGGCAGCCAUCAUUGCCGCUGCCACGCUCACUUUUCCGCACACGCAACCAGCCAAGAGCCACCGCAGUGGUGAUGCUGGCGACAAUGAUGGUGAUGGUGGCGGUGAUACUGAGAAUGAUGGUGGUGGUGGAGGCGAUGCAAACCGGGCGGAGGUGCUGCAGCAGUGGUUACGAGAACGAUUGCCACUUGCACGUGCACAGAGCAUUCGGCACAACCUUCAGCGGGCGGUGGAUGUGCUGUCGAGCGAGCAGAACAGCCAGGCAUGCACCCUGAUGCGCGCUGCACUUGCAGCAUGCCUGAGAACAGAGCAAAUGCAGCCGGGAACGGCAGCGUCAACAGCCCCAACCACCACUCUGACAGCGGCCAGCAUGUCCAUGACACCAUCAAGUGCUGAGGGCACCCUUCUUGGCCAUGGUCGCAAACAUGGCGCAAGGGUUGCUGACGAGUUUACGCAGCUGCUGUCCGGUUCCUUGUCCACAAAGGCGACGCUCACCGUGGUCACGCGCGUGCUUCGUUGCAUCAACCGGGCCACGGCUGCCACCAUCACGGACAUCGCCGAAGCAUUUGCGUCAUCGUGGCAGCAACAGCAGCAGCAGCGCAAGCAGGAGCGCAACCCGCUCGGCCCACGCACUCUCGCCCAUGUCCGCGGCCUCGUUGGCAGGAUUACAGCAAAGGCAAAACAGCUGGAAAUGCCCCAAGAGCAAGAAACUGCGAUCCCUCUACUGCCGGCGUCCUUCCACACCGCUUAUCGCCAAGUAUUGGGAAGGGACAGAACUACAACACCACCAACAACAGCAACAGCAGUGGCAACGGCAGCAACGGCAGCAAGUCUCCAGCAGGCGGCACUGCAUCGUGCACCCGUUGAACUGGAGCCACUCCACACCAGCGAGGACGCAGGUGACGCAGCUGAAGGCAACGCUCACCACGUGCUGACACGGCUGACGACGCAGGACGCAACCAUGUCACAGCUGAGGCGGGGGUGCACGCGCGGGUUUGAUGCGACGCCGCUGCUGCUGCACGCAUUCCCACCCGCACCAUCGCAGGAUGCCGCUCAGGAACACCAGCCGCUGACAGCAGCGCAGCAGGCUGUGGUGUCGGCAGUUGGGGAUGCGAUUGCAGCGUGCUUAGUUGCCCACACACACGUGCGCAUGUACGCACGAGUUGCAUCACAGCUGCGAGCAGCCAUCAUGGCAGUUGUGACGCGCCAUCGCGCUCACCUUCACGCCGCCGUCUGCGCGAUCAUCACCCGCGUGUUCGUCUCAUCUGCAAAGGGUCGCGUGUUUGGGAUGGAGUGGUGUGCGGACUGGCCCACCACCGCCAUCGACGAUGUCUUUCUCGCAACAGCUGCUGAUCUCCUGCUUCGACGCGACGCCAGAGGCCGACUGAUGCUGUCACGGCUUUUGCAUGUAUGUUCGGCCGAGGAUCAGCGGGCAUUGCUGCGUCACGUCGCGUACCGCGUUCACUUGCAUGUGAACGGUGUUGACAGCGACAGCACACGCGUCGUUGAGACGUGGGAUCCAGCGCUCACCCACGAUGCGCUCGCGCACCUGACGCGCGCAGAGGCCAACCGGUCCUGUCUUCCACACAACAAGGACGCGCUGGUGCUGGACAUGUGCGCGGUCGCCCGCGUGUGGGCGUGGAUUUGGGCCGUCAGCACAGCAGGCGACAAGAACAGCAGCGGCGACGCCGACGGCAUUGGUUUGAGCACCACACCAGCCCCUGCUACAGCCAUCAUCACCAGCAGCAACGUUGGCAUUGCUGUGGACCGUGGGCAGGAGCAGCGGCUGCUGGCGGUGUUGCGCACCCAACACGCCCUCAUGCACCAAGAAAGAGGCGGUAGUGGCACGGCGGCCUGGGUCAACGGUGGUGCUCGCCCUCGCAACGCUUUGGAAUGGCUGCUGCUGGAUGCAGAGUCGUGUGUGCAAUUUGUCCUCUUUUCCCUUGGGCUGGCACCGUCCAUAUCGCAGCACAAGAGCCCCGCAAUGGUGAGCGGCGGUGUUGUGGAGCCGACACAACACGCUGCAGAUGCCGUCAUGGCGCUGGUUCGCCAGAUCACGCGCUGGCGACCGGCCCUCUUUCCCGCCACUGCACAGGGCACACGCGCAAGCGCAGGGACCGACAGCAGCAGCAGCAGCGCCAGCAGCGCCAGCAACGCCAGCAACGCCAGCUGCAAGCGUGCAGCUCUGUUGGAGGCGGCGUCGGUGCACGUGUGUACGGCGCUGCUGGGCGCGUGCCGGCUGCCAGUGCUCUCGACGAUGGUGGUCGCGGGUGGAGACAGCGCUGCCCGAAGCACCAACGCGAGGAAUAGUCACAGCAGCAGUAGCAACGGCAACGGCAACAGCAGCAACACCGGUACCAACGGCAGUCUAGCCAUGGCAUACGCCCACAUGCACGUGGAUGGGGCAGUGCAUCGGCUGGUUUCCCGGCUACUGGCGCCGCCAAAGCGCCGGAAACCAAAAGCAGGAACCAUCAUUGGGGGCGGUGCAGCAGCCCGAAGUCACACGAGCAGCGAUCAUGGCGCCAAGGACGGGCACGACGGCGGGAACGACCAGGAAGCACGCGAACAACAGCAGCAACAACAGCAGGGGCAGGGCGAGGUGUGGUGGAGGAGCUAUGCGGUGGAAUGUGCAGUCCACAGCGGGGAUGGCGACGAUGAUCACGGUGUGGCAGCGGACGGGUCGAGCGGGCGCAGGCCGGCACCAAUGCUGCAAACGCCAUCGCAACUCGCGAGACCACGCCCCGCCAUGCAGGGUCACGCGUUGCUGGCAACACCGACGGGAGGCGGUGGAGACACGGCUUCGGCCGUCCCAGCGGUGCCCGUGCAGUUUGAGGACGACCUGGUGCUCGCGCUGGAUGACCUCUCCGUCUCGCACCGCCCACGGGCGCUCGCCGCGUAUGGGAGCGGAGAGGUGCCGACCGGGUGCAGUGGCGAUGCCGUUGUCUCAGCCGUGCUCGCUGCACAGCGGCGCUACCACGCUGCUGUCGCUGGUGGUGGUCACGGCGACGCGUGUCUGGCGGUGCCUGAUCUGGUUGAGGAUGACCUGGAUAGCGGGGCGUGGCUGCUGCUGCUCAACCCAGACGCCAGCCAGUUGGCCAGCCUGUCCCUGCUGGCGAUGGCGCACCGUGUUCCAUUGGCUGUGUGCCGUUCACUGCCGCAGGUGGCAGGCAUGCUGCAAGGGCUGCUGCACUUUACGGGGAGCGAGAUGGUGCGACGCCGCUACCACUCGCUGUUCGUUCACGCGGCCGCUGUUGUCGCUGCUGUUGCUCGCAACACGUCGGAGGCCGACUGGCUACUGGCAGGCGCGUGUCUGAGCACGGUCAUUGAUCCGUUUGUGGAUAUUGUGAUCCACCACGCGGAGAGCGAUGUGGAGCAGAUGACCAAGUGUGUCCUGCAGCUAGUGCAAUUCUUGCUUGAGAUUGCCUGCUGCCUCCCCUCCUGCACAUCCACCCUCGCCAACUUUCUCCCUUCCCUCGAACAGGCGGCGAGAGUGCUGCGCGACCCCGUUGUUCACCACCUCGUUCUCCAGCUGACGACAGCGGCGCCCGAAACGAAGCUCAAGCGCUACGUACCGCGUGUUGGGCGGAUGUGGGAGCUGAUGCUGUACGAGGCGCGAAGUGUUCUUCAGCCGGCGUCACCAGGGACGUGGCCCCAACCUCUCACCGCUGACGACGAAGAGAAGGCCACCACCGCCCUCCGCUCCCUGAUCACCCUCUCCUCCCGGUUUCCCUCAAUGCUCAGGGGUCUGCAUGAUGUUGUUUGCGCCAGCAUUGGUCGAGAAGAGGUGCACAUUUCCCGUGCCGGGUAUGUGCUGGCCACGCUGUGUGCCACAGAUCAUCCGAACCACUGUGAGGACAUUGUACGCGCACACUGUCGCGUCCUCAGCUCUUCACCUUGGUUGCCGGCUGUGCGGGCAGCGCUGCGCGCAAGCCACGUGCUGUAUGCAUGCGAGUGCGCUUCCAAGCGCAGCAGCGAGGCGAUGGCCACGCAAAGCGUGUUGCACGCUGCUCUCACGCGCUGCAACAAAGAGGCAACCCUGGACAUUGUCGUGGACGCGCCCCACCUCUGGCACAUGAUCGUUUGAGAGGACAGAGAAUCUCUCUGUGUGUGAGUGAUUGUGUGUUUGUUUGUUUGAGUUUGAGUUUGAGUUUGAGAGAGAAGAGAGAGAGAGAGAGUGUGUGUGUGUGUGUGUAUGUGUGUGUGUGUGUGUGUGUGUGUGUGUG